ACACCACUAUGAAUCUCAUUGGAUGACUUUGGACUACCUUGCAGGGUUGUUAAGAUAAAAUUGAGAGGUAAAAGUUUAUGUAUGUUGCUUUGAGCUUCUUGGAGGAAAAGCAGGAUAUAAAUGUAACAAAUAGGAACUUUGAUGAAUCAAUGGCAAUUGUUCCCAUAUAUUAACUAUCUGGUAGAAGGCAUGAAUGAUAUGUUGACAUUUCACAUCUGCCUUUAGUGGAGUGUGUACAGUUCAUCUACCCUGUGAAGACAACACUUUCCACUUUUCAUUUGCUAGUGCACAUUAGUGUAUGCAGCUUAAAAACUAUUCAAGCUCCCUACCUGCCACACUGCAGGAGUAAGUCUGGAAAGGCUGGGCAUGUGCCCUGUGCUGUGAUUUUCUUUUUUUAUGACAAAUGAUGAUGCAGGUUCUCAGUGUGAAAGGGCAAAGUGGAUGCUACUCCAAAAAGAGCUUAUCUGUAAUAAAUGUAUUCAUCUCUAAAGUACCAAAAGACUCUGGUUUUACCACAGUGGUAUAACGCAGCUACUGCUCUAAACAAGUACUCAUUUUAUUUAUAAAAUUAUGUAUGAAUGACCCUUUGGUUCCAAAAGCAACAUGUAUUCAUUUCAAAACCUACCCAUUAUUUAGUGUGAAUCUGCAGAAGAUGAUGUCAAUUCUUAAACACUUUAGAAGUACCGGUGACAAAAUAACAUUAAUUUUGUGUGUAAAAAGAGAGGUAUGUUGAGGCUGCAUGCAGUGUCCAAAUGCUGUGUUCUAUUCUUAUGUGUGUGACAGUCUGUGGAGGAAAAAUAAAGGCUCUGGUUUCAAGAGAUUAUGUCAGAAGAUUCAGAUAAAGACAAGCAACACAGAGAACAAUUAACCAGUGAUGAUUACAACUCGGAUGAGGACCCCUUCAGUCCAUUUUUAACUGAAGAAUUUGAGCAGUGUGCAUUUUUCCCAGAUUCUUUUUGUGAUCAACUUUUGCCACGGACUACACAAAUUUUAUUGGAAUAUAACUCAGGAAAAUGGGUACCAAAGCUUCGUGAGCCACGAGAUUUAUAUGGCCUGUCUUCUUCAGGACACCUGAACUUAGUACGCUGGCCCCAUCAAUUUGAAGUUAUCAGAGAGAGAAUUGAACAUAUCGUAUGGACUCCUCCUAAACCAGAGCCACUAUAUAAUCCAACAGGUCUUGAGAUAGAGCCACCCUGCCCAGACCCAGGAGAGGGUGCUGUGGUCUAUCUAGCAGAUGGAGCUGAUAAGGAUUCCAGAUUUAUGUAUUCCCGAAUAGGGGGGAGCUUUCCUACAAAGCAAGUGCUUCCUCAGUCCUGGGAUGACUGGGACAACACUUUGAUUUUUGAAGCACGAUUUGAAAGUGGGAAUCUGCAAAAGGUGAUCAAAAUUAGUGAUUUUGAAUACCAGCUGACACUACGCACUGAUCUCUACACAAAUAAGCACACUCAGUGGUACUAUUUCCAGGUCACCAACACCCAAGCUGGAAUUCCCUACCGUUUCACCAUUGUCAACUUCACCAAGCCAACAAGUUUAUACAAUCGUGGUAUGCGUCCAUUGCUGUAUUCUGAAGCUGAAGCAAAGAUCCAUAAGGUGGGAUGGCAAAGGACUGGAGAUGGAAUCAAGUAUUACAAAAACAAUCUCAGUCAAGAUGGGCGCCAAUGUUUUUCUCUAACAUGGACAUUUCAGUUUCCACAUGACAGGGACACCUGCUAUUUUGCACACUGCUAUCCGUACACUUACAGCAAUCUGCAAGACUACCUGUCAGACAUUGCUGGAGACCCAAAGCGGUCCAAGUUCUGCAAGAUCCGCAUCUUGUGUCAUUCUCUGGCUAGGAAUAUAGUCUAUGUUUUAACCAUUACCAACCCCCUGCAAGAUGUUAAGGAGGAAAAACGCAAGGCAGCAGUCAUUUUGACUGCUAGGGUGCACCCAGGUGAAACAAAUAGUUCCUGGAUGAUGAAAGGCUUCCUGGAUUACAUUCUGGGGGAUUCAAAUAAUGCUCAGUUGCUUCGAGAUACUUUUGUUUUUAAGGUGAUACCAAUGUUGAAUCCAGAUGGUGUAAUUGUGGGCAAUUAUCGCUGCUCUUUAGCAGGCAGGGACUUGAAUCGUAAUUAUAAAUCCGAUCUCAAGGAAUCUUUCCCUUCUGUCUGGUACACACGCGCAAUGACCAAAAGAAUGAUGGAAGAACGUAAUGUUCUCCUGUAUUGUGAUCUUCAUGGUCAUAGCAGAAAAGAGAAUGUCUUCAUGUAUGGCUGUGAAAAAAAGGAGCAGCAUGAAGAAGGAGCAUGUUUACAUCAGCGCAUUUUUCCUUUUAUUAUGAGCAAAAAUUGCCCAGAUAAAUUCUCAUUCGCAGACUGCAGUUUCAAGAUACAGAAAAGCAAAGAAGGAACAGGUCGAGUAGUGAUGUGGAAGAUGGGCAUCAACAAUAGCUAUACCUUAGAAGUUACUUUCUGUGGGUCUAAAUUGGGUGCUAGAAAUGGUACCCACUUCAGUACUAAAGAUUUGGAGUCCAUAGGAUCCCAUUUAUGUGAUUCACUGUUACACUUCUGUAAUGAAAAGAAGAGUAAGUAUAAUGAAUGCCUGAAGGAAUUGGAAGAAUUGAUGAAACAAGAUGAUUCAAGCACCUUUGUCAAUGACACAAUAGACAGAGAUUCCAGUUCUGAUAGCUCAGAUGCCAAUGAACUUGCAGUUAAACUAGAUAUCCAGGUAUGGUAUAAAUUCCCACCAGGGGAUUUAAACUCUUACACUGUUGUCUAA